AUGAUUAAAACCAAACCGUGGACUGGUGGUACUGACGAAGAAUAUGAGACACAACAUUUCGGUUUUGGGGCUCAACGCCUUAAAAUAGCCGUGAGACAAAUGGUUGAACAGAAAAUUACUAACGGCGUCAAAGACAUGGAAUCCUAUUUGCAAGAAUCACUGGAUCUUAAUGAAACGGAUAAAUCUACGUUAACAAGGUCAUGCGAUAAGUUGAUUCAGUUGUAUUGUGAGCGUGCGGGACCGUCUUUGGAAGUUAUUGAUGAGGAAAUAGAACGUAUGUUGAAAAUUCCACAAAAUGUUUUGUUACCUGAUGACGAAGUGCAGGUAGAGCAAACCUCGGAUUCGGAUUUUGAAAAGUUGAAGGAGGAGGUAGCAUCAUUGAGACGAAGAGUCGAAAGAGGCGCAUUGAUGGAGGCUUUAUUAUCUGCUGAAGAAGAGGAGCUUGCUACUCUGGAAAAAGUGUGUGAAACUGCAAAGAAAGAUAUGGAGGCUGUCGACCUGCUUUGUAAGAGUGCUGACAAUAGUGAGAGCUUGAAAGCAGUGCAGAGUGAAACACAGUUUUUGUGCGCAAGUGCAUCAUUUUUGAAGAAACAAAAUGAUCUAUUUGAUUAA